UGUCAUCAAAGAGUCCGGUGUAGUGCGAUUAAGCACCGGCCAUGGGGGAAGCGUGGGGCUGAGCGGGCGGAUCGGGCCUCAGCCGCAGGGAGGGAGGAAAAUGUCAACUCGCUUCCACCAAGCAGCGGCGGACGGCAACCUCGAACUCCUCAAAGAAGGCACCCGAAAAGACCUGAACACGGCUGACGCUGACGGGGUGACCCCCACGCUGCUGGUGGCCUAUCACGGCAACGUCGAAGCUCUGGAAAUCGCUUGCAGACGGGGAGGUGAUCCAAACAAAUGCGACAUUUGGGGAAACACGCCGCUACACCAUGCCGCCUCGAAUGGCCACACCUCUUGCGUCUCCUUCCUGAUCAAUUUUGGCGCCAAUAUUUUCGCCCUCGAUAACGACAUGCGCUCGCCCCUCGACGCAGCUGCCAGUCGGAGCCAGUACGAGUGCGUCCAGAUGCUUGACAAGGCAGCCACCGAGCAGAACAUCAAAAAUCCCAAACGGGUCGCCUGUCUGAAGACUCAGGCCCAACGCGACGUGCAGCGACAAAUCCGCGUGUGUGAGAAGCGCCAGGACAAGCACCAGCUCGAGAUGACCAAGCACUUCAACAAAGGUUCCGUCCACUCCAGCCACAGCACUGCCACCAAGACCAAAGUGUCUCAGUUCUUCGCGGGGGGCUCGCUCAGCACCGUCCCCCAACAGCUGAAGGACACCUUCAAACUGAAGAUGAGGAAGAAAGAGGAGGACGCUGGCAGCGGCAAAGCCGGGAGCCAUGGAGCAGAGAAGGAGGCCUUCGUUGCAGAAACAGCCCUGAUGGAUUUGUCCCGUGAGAAAGACGUGGAAGACCUUGCGGGUGGCUUUCAAAGGAAAGCCCGCUUUUCUGAAGAGGCAGAAGACUUAGGGCAGAGGUCCAUUUUCAAUCGCCCAGGCCUUGGCAACCUCGUCUUUAGAAGCAAAAAGGCAGAGAUCAUGCUUCCUGAGAAAGAGGAGACCGAUUUCCAAAUUCCCCAGGAGUUCUUUCAGUUCAACGAGCCGCUUGGCAGUUCGGACAGUGAGAACGACCCAGACGUCUCCUGGAUGGAAGAAGCAAUCGGGUGGGAUGAGGACAAAGAGGAGGCUCCCCCCCUGGAAGUAUUCCUGGCCUCCCAGAACCUCAGUGAAUUUCUCCCCAUCCUGAUGAGAGAAAACAUCGAUUUGGAAACCCUGAUGCUGUGUUCGGAUGAAGAUCUCCAGAGCAUUCAGAUACAGCUGGGGCCCCGCAAAAAAAUUCUCCACGCGAUCAGCAGAAGGAAGCUAGCCUUGGAAAAGCCAGGCGAGGCCAGGGAUACCCAGUUAUAAACCAAGAACGGGGCUUCUGGUCCACGGUUUUGCACCAGACUACUUCCCAAAAAGUUACAUUUUCUGUAAAGGUUGAGGAUGAUGUGGUGGGAGCCAGAGAUGACCAGUGUGUAAACACCGCACCCGCUCAGCUUGUUAAAAGCAGCAUUAAUGUUUAAGCCUCUAUUAAAAAAUAUUUUAAAAAUAAAGAACACCUUUCCAUGUUAAACAUGGCCUUCCCUGGCUUAUUUGGUAAACCAUGGCUAAUGAUUUGCUAAAUCAUGGUUUAUUAAAACCACAAUUGGGUUUCCAAUCACGUUAAGCCACGAUUGACAAGCCACAAUGUCUGUAGAAAGUACACUCCACCACCAUUUAUCAGACCAGAACAAAAAUAAAUACUUGGGGAAUGUAGUUUUUGAAAUGUUAAUUUUAUUUUUGCUACAAAAUAUAGAAAAACAAUUGACACCAAUUCUCGACCAAUAUUGAUUCACCCCAACAUCUUUUCUAUUUUUUUUUAAAGAAAGGCAGUAGAGUUUUGUUAGUGAUUUUGAAAACCUAUUCUAGUCAAAUAUUUUCUUAGGAUUAUUGGCAUUCCUCUUUGUUCUAUUUGGCAGUAAUACAAAGCAGAGAGAAAUGCAAACUCUUUGCAUUAAAUGCAAAAUUUGAGUUAAAAUGAUUACAAUUUAAGCAGAAAUCAUUCCUUAGAUUGUAAAUCUAGAUUCUAAAUUUAGAAUCUUAGAUUCUAAAAUUAUUAUUUCAGGUCUCGGAGAAAAUCUGAGAUAAGGGUCAUUGAGAGGCACGUAAAUAGGUGAAGUUUUAGUUUCAGAAAAUCUGAACAUUUAUCCCAAUAAAAAUUAAAACUACAGUUAAUAAAGUGAAUGAUUUAGUAGAAAUAAGACACAGCCUUCAAGAGAUGAGAAAAUC